CUCCCCUAAACUCAGAUGGCAGCAGCUCCCCUUACAGCUGUCUGCGCCGCACAUAAAAUUAGACCCCCGCACAGUCGCACUGUGGGCUCCGGCGGGACAGGACAGCUGGGGAACACACUGCAGAAGAUGGACCCGACUCACGGUGCCAACCUGAGCUUUGGAAGCUGUACAAGAUGCAGGAAAGCAGUGUGCGGUGCAGGGAGAGCCUGCCGGGCGAUGGGACACUUAUUCCACCACACGUGUUUCACCUGCAGCGUUUGCGGUAAAAGUCUUGCUGGCCAGACAUUCUAUUCCCUGUCAGGAGGAAUCUAUUGUGAAAAUGACUUUUUGUUCUCCGGAGUUCAUCCAGCCCCAGAAGUGUGUGACAGCUGUGGGCGUCUAGUCAUGGAUAUGGUGCUGCAGGCGCGGGGGAAGUCCUACCAUCCGUCCUGCUUUCGCUGUGUCAUCUGCAGCCGGAGCCUGGAGGGUCAGCCCUUCACCGUGGACUCAGACGGCAGGGUUUACUGUGUCAGCGACUACCACAGGGUCCGGGCCCCCUGCUGUGCCGCCUGCAGAACGCCGAUACUGCCAACUGAGGGGUCUACAGAGUCUAUUCGGGUGGUGUCAUUGAACAGAAACUACCAUGUAGAGUGCUACAGGGGUGAGGUUAACCUCAUUUAAGGACGGUAUCAGGCUGACAUACACCUUCUGCUGGACUUUGUUUUGUAAAUCUAAGCAGUAUAUUUAUAUUAGUUAACGCCUCAGUAACCGGUCACACAAUUUCCUUGUCUGCAAUAAAAUCCCCAAACAGA